ACACCACUGGAGAAACUUUACAAGACAUUUUCUUCGAAAGUUCAUCGACCAAAAUGAGCGAGAAGAACCAAAACCCCAAGGACGCCAAAACACCACAGGAUCAUCUCCCUCCUCCGUCGAAGAAGCCGAUCCCGGAGAUAAGUAAUGGGUCGAGCUAUUCGGGUCAAAGGAUCUCGUACCCGAACCCGCCCGACCCGAUGAAUCCGGAUCCCGCGACGCUUAGAGAGCAGUGGAGGUUCGCGAUUCGCCAGUACAGUCGAUGGUACUCUCAAGCUUGGGGCACGGCGAUUCUCGCCGGCGUAACGUUCUUCGCACUUGGUUGGAUCAUCAAAGGCUCCAAUCCUCUUCCUUCUCUCCAAUCGGAUCCCGGGUCCGGGUCCGGGUCGGAUUCCAAGUCGUCGUCUUCGGAUUCUCCCGGUCGCAGCGAGGGAAAAUGACACUGGGUCAGCGACACCUAUCUGGUUUCCCGAAGAAACUGCCCGAGUAGUUGUGGAGGGAAAACGCAGCACCCGGCAACAUGUUGCCGCCGUCUUCUGUCGUGUUUACUACAACAAGGAGAUCUGUUAGAAGUGAAGCCCAAAGCAAAGGCAUUGUAGAGUUAGUGUGGUUUGGACAACUGGUUUUGUCUGAGAGCGCCUGAAAACUUUGUUGAAUGACAGAAUGUACAAUCCAAUAAUGCAGAAAACAAAGAACUGUCCAGCUAGAGCAGAAUAAAACGUUUAUUUUUCGAAUUUUUGGUUCGGAUUUAAUUUUCGGUUUUAGUAUAAGUUGUAUAUCGAAUUUGAUUGGAACAGGGUCGUAUGUUCAUAUAUCACGAUCUUGAAGAGGUAAUGGUAAUCGUC